CACCCUUUCAGAAAACUGGCAGCGAAAAGAACCAAUCCAGUGUCUGUCCGUGUUUUGUAACAGCCAAUCAGCGUCCUGAAUGUACUGCAUACGGAAGUUGCUACGUUUCACACUACUCAGUUCAAUUUGAAGCUUUCCGCGUUGAAAAAUGCCCCAAUAAUUAUCACUAAAAUCACCAGGGCAGGUUUUAUUAAUUCCGUUUUCUGGAAUAAAUACAUGUAACAUUGCUAGCUGUGAUAAAAUUGCAGCUUAAUGACAGUAUUAUUCACGUGUUAGCCUCAUGGCUGACUCCUUGACCGUAAGUAGCAUGUACUUCAUGUCAGAUUCAAGCAGCUAAGUUGAAGCUAGGCGACCACUGAAAGGGGCGCUGGUAGUGGGGACUUGCGGCAGCGGGGCAGGGAGUUCGGGAUGGAGCCGAAUCCAGCAAAGCGGCUCCGGACGCCGGAGGAAGAGGGAGGAGAAGUGAGAGAAAACGGAGGAGGAGAGCAGCCAGAGAGGAGGAAGACGGCUGAUGUGAGUAUCAUCAUGCCGGUGCACAACGCAUCAUGUUGGCUGGAGGAGUGUCUGCAGGCCAUAAUGCACCAAGACUUCACCGGCUCCAUGGAGCUCUCCGUGUUUGAUGAUGCAAGCACAGAUGACUCCAGGAAAGUGCUGGAGGGCUGGAGGGAGAGGAUGGAGGAUCGGGGAAUCUCAGUGGUGAUCUCAGGUCACGGAUCUUCCCAACCCGGUGGAGUGGGAUUUGCAAAAAAUAAGGCAGUGACUCAGAGUAGUGGACGGUACUUGUGCUUUCAGGAUGCGGAUGACAUUAUGUUGCCCCAGAGAGUCCGUUUGCAGUAUGAAACAUCUAUCCUCCAUCCAAACUCUCUGAUUGGCUGUAGAGUCCAGCGGCUGCCGGAGGGAUCUACGGAGCGAUACGCUCGCUGGAUCAACUCACUGACUCAGGAUCAGCUCCUCACUCAGGCAUACACCUCCCAUGGGCCCACGGUUGUCAUGCCAACAUGGUUCUGCUCAAGGAAAUUGUUCAUGAAAGUCGGAUUGUUUGACGAAGGAGGCAAGGGAGUCCCAGAGGAUCUGCUCUUCUUCUACCAGUUCCUUCGUCAGGGAGGCUCUCCGCUCAGGGUGGACCAGCGCCUGCUGGUUUAUCGGUACCACGAGGCGGCUGCUACUCAUUCUGUGACCGAGGAGACUAUCUGGAAGCUGCGCGUUGACUUUCUGCAGGAGAGAGUUCUCAGCCAGUGGGAAAGCUUCACCAUCUGGAACGCCGGGAAGCAGGGGAGGAAGCUCUACCGAAGCCUGAGCCUGAUCAGUCAGAAGAAGGUCAAAGCGUUCUGCGAUGUGGAUGAAAACAAAAUUCAGAAGCGAUUCUACACACAUGAGGAAUCCAAGGAAAGACCAAAGCCUACGGUCCCCAUCCUGCACUACAAAGAGGCCACGGGCCCCUUCAUUAUCUGCGUUAAACUGGACAUGACAGGAGGCGUCCUGGAGGAAAACCUCCGCUCUUUGCAACUGAAGGAAGGAACAGAUUACUACCAUUUCAACUGACGGCUGCAGGAGACCACAGGAGCCCCGCAGGUUAAACAGACAGAGGAAUGCAGAAGACUGAUUUAUGAAAACAUAAACACAAACUCGGAGAUAGAGUGUUUAUAACAGGGAGGUGAAGUGAAAGCAGCAGCACUGGAUUAAA